AUGCUCUUGCACAAGUUCGUCGAUAACCUUGCGCAAUACUUCCCGGACCUCCACUCGACCCUCACAGUCCACGACUUCACACGCUUUGCUACCUUAGCGUCGGAGGUGGUUUUCCGUUCCAAAGGAACGAUCAGCAACGAAGCGGAUUCCAUUAUUCCCUUCCUACGCAACGCAUUACACCUUUCUCUGCCCAAGGAAUUGUGCUACCAACUAUGGCAUACGACUCAGCCCAAUUUCAAUACAAUGCAUAUUCAACCUGGCCACUUAAUCCAACAGCACGGCUACUCACCCGACCUGACAACGAAGAUCCCUGAAUACACUCUGGUCUCCCCGGUCAAGCAAUGCUUAGUCUGCGCAAAGCCUCACAUUUUGCAGCUUCGCUCUCGCAUGGACAGAUAUCUGUACGACGUGGACGGCGUCCAUACUGCCAGCAUUGUAACUCUGAAAUGCUCAGGAUGCUCGACCCACUACCGCCCGAGCUAUCAUUCAAAAAAAAAAUUCGCACCUACUUCUCAUCUGCGAACGGGCGCAAUGCGGAUAUCUACCAGGGACAAAUGCUCGCCCAAUAUUGAUGAUAGUGUGUUUUAUAUUCUCUCUGCUAGCAUUUCAAACUUCAACUUGGCCAAUCUGUUCAAUCGGUGUUACGUCGAUGACGUUCCCCUUCCGCCCCUUGCCGGCGCACCCAAGGUACGACCCAAGCUUUCCGAAGUUACGUGCAGAGAUGCUCUCGACAUCAAUUCUCUCUUGCAAAAAUUGGAGUCCGCCGGCGCGUGUCUGAGGGUCGAUACGUCUGUUGCUCCUGAACAUCGCUAUCACAAAGCCAUGAAGGCAGUGGUAGAAUGGAUCGCUUUGGAAGGGUCGAAGCAUCACAAUCACGCAUGCUCUGCAUGUGUACGAGUAAUCCCAUUACCUACGGCAGACGGCCGUGCCAAACUCGGAUACAUCCGUGCUGUGGUUACAGAUGGCAUAACAAUAGGGCACUGGCGAUGUACUGCCACCUCCGAGCAGUUGCGUGAACUUGCAAAUGUAGACGGCCAGCCUGCCCCUAAUGGGCCUUGUACCACCCCCCUCGCAAGUGUGUCUGAUCGAUUUUGUCCAGAGCACCACAAUCGACUCGGAAAACGCUGUGUGGCGCAGCCGUGCAAACGCGACGCCACCAACGGAACAGCGACCUGCGACCUCCAAGAACAUGUUGACGCUCCACCAGCACUGGGACACUGCUGA